AUAUUAAUGGGUCGCAUGGAGCUACGGAGUACAGUAGUCACUUGGCUGGCACGGUGAAAGUAUCUCGGAAAUGCUGAGUCUUAAGUUCUGGAUUGGCCUCGGUCUGCUGACCGUCGUUUGGGGUGCAGCGGUACCUGGAAAAGCUCCCGUGGACGAGGAGCGAAUGCAUCCACAUCUGCCCACUAGUCCCAGGCUGCGAACGAUUUCCGGCGAGGAAACCCAGGAGUUCUGGCACUCGGCCAGCAAGAAACUCAUCCGCGAGAAGUUGGAGUUCGUGAGGAACACCAAGAAGGCCAAGAACAUUAUACUGUUUUUGGGCGAUGGCAUGGGGCUGGCUACUCUGGCUGCUGCCAGGAGCUACAUUGGAGGCGAGGAACUGAAGCUCUCCUUCGAGGAAUUCCCCUUUACCGGACUAUCGAAAACCUAUUCGGUGGACAAAAUAGUCCCCGAUAGCGCCUGUACCUCAACCUCAUAUCUCUGCGGAGUGAAGGCGAACUACGGAACCAUCGGCGUAAAUGCGCAUGUGAAGCGAGGCGACUGUGCUGCGAUGGCCAAUGAAACGAACCAUGUCUUCUCCCUGGGCAAAUGGGCCAUGGAUGCGGGCAAAGCUGCUGGACUGGUGACCACCACCCGAGUGACCCACGCCUCGCCCUCCGGAGUCUACGCCCAUGUCGCCGAUCGCGAAUGGGAGAAUAACGCUGUUCUGGAGGAAGCCUGCGGUGAGCUGUCGGAGGGACUCGAGGACAUAGCUGUCCAGUUGAUUCACGGCGAGGUGGGCAGCAAGCUCAAGGUCAUGCUGGGUGGAGGCAAGCGUAGCUUCUACAGUCCGGAACACUACGACAAGGGCCGACGCACGGAUGGUCGUAAUCUCGUCGAAGAAUUCGAGGCCUUGGACGCGGGCAACACCUUUGUGAAGACGCAGAAGAAGCUGCUCAAUGUGAAUGCCACUGAAACCGGAAGAUUGCUGGGCCUGUUCAGCAAGAGCCACAUGCAUUAUCAUCUGGAGCAGCUGGCCGAUCCGGACAACAAUGAGCCCACCUUGGAGGAGAUGACACAGAAGGCCAUCGAAGUACUGGAAACCGAAGAGCAGGGAUACUUCCUUUUCGUUGAAGGAGGCAAGAUCGACAUUAGCCACCACGACACAAUGGCACGAAUCGCUUUGGAUGAGACCGCUGAACUCUCGAAGGCGGUGAAGAAGGCUAGGGAGAUGACCAAUCCGGAGGAGACCCUCAUAGUGGUGACCUCGGAUCACUCGCACACCUUCAGCGUUUCGGGCUAUCAGCCACGGGGCAGCGAUAUCUUUGGAGCUGCCAAGGCGAAGGGCAAGGAUGGCAAACCGUAUCUGGCGUUGAGCUACGCCAACGGCAAGAGUUUCCAGGACUACUACAACACGGAGACCCACGAGCGCGAAGAUCCCACCAGUCUGCCCACAAUCGGAGACUUCGAUCAGCUCUUCCCUGCGAUGGUGCCCCUGGAAUCGGAGACCCAUGGCGGCGAGGAUGUGGGUGUCUUCGCCUCGGGACCCUGGGCACAUCUCUUCACCGGCGUCUACGAACAGAACACCAUUCCCCACAUGAUGGCAUUCGCUGCCUGUGUGGGCGAUGGACUAACCGCUUGCGAUUAGGAAUCGCAAUCCGGCGAUGAUUGACGGACAGAAGGACUCUUAAUUAGCGCAUCCACUAGACGAUUCUCACGUACGCUUUAUCGUUUUAAAUGAAUACUCAACAUUUGACAGGUGCUGGAACACGCGGCUCUCGAGGAAAAAAAUUCGAUCGGGGAUUACUAAAGUCAAUACUUCAAUAAACGUUGUUUUCCUAUCAA